GUCCCCAGAUUGCCACCAUGGCCACGAGCCGCUCGGAGGAUGAGGAGUCCCUGGCGGGGCCCAAGCGGGGCCCGGCCACCCCCGCGGGGACCGUCCCCAAACGGCGGAGCUCGUCCAGGUUCAUCAAGAGGCGGAAGUUCGAUGAUGAACUGGUCGAGAGCAGCUUGGCCAAGUCCUCGAGGGCCAAGGGGGGUCCCGAGCCCCCCCCCAGGCCCGGGGGCACCGCGGGCACCACGGGGGGGGGAGGGGUGGCCGGAGACCCCUCCCCCGGAGAGAGGAAAAAGGUGUCCCGGGCCGUGCCCCCCCCGCCCCCCCCCGGGCCCGGCCCCCCCCCAGCGCUGCCCAAGAGGCUCAAGAAGAGCAAACCCAGCCCCGCCCCCCGCGACCUGGGCAGGUGGAAACCUGCGGAUGACCUGCUGCUCAUCAACGCUGUGCUGCAGACCAACGACCUGACCUCGGUGCACCUGGGGGUGAAGUUCAGCUGCCGCUUCACCUUGAGGGAGAUCCAGGAGCGCUGGUACUCGCUGCUCUACGACCCCGUCAUCUGCAAGCUGUCCUGCCAGGCCAUGCGCCAGCUGCACCCCGAGGCUGUGGCCGCCAUCCAGAGCAAGGUCCUGUUCAGCAAGGCUGAGGAGCAGCUGCUGACCCGCGUGCCAUCGAGCCCUGUCCCCUCGCUGGACACCUUCCAGGAUCUCCUGCAGCGCCACCCGGCCGUGUUUUACCCUGCCAGGACCCCCAAGGCCCUGCAGCUGCACUGGCAGCUCCUGCGCCAGUACCACCUGCUGCAGGACCAGACAGUGCAGCCCCUCCCCAAGGGGGAUCAGGUGCUGAACUUCUCGGACGCCGAGGAGCUGCUGGACGACGGCAAACUCAGGGAUGUGCGAGACGAGGUCCUGGAGCACGAGCUGACGGUCGCUGAUCGCCGUCAGAAGCGCGAGAUCCGGCAGUUGGAGCAGGAGCUGCAGCGCUGGCAGGUGCUGGUGGAUUCCAUCACAGGGAUGAGCUCCCCGGAUUUUGACAGUCAGACUCUGGCCGUGCUGCGGGGUCGGAUGGUUCGGUACCUGAUGAGAUCACGGGAGAUCACCCUGGGCAGAGCCACCAAGGACAACCAGAUCGACGUGGACCUGGCCCUGGAGGGCCCGGCCUGGAAAAUCUCCCGCAAGCAGGGGGUGAUCAAGCUGAAGAACAACGGGGAUUUCUUCAUUGCCAACGAGGGCCGGAGGCCGAUCUUCAUCGACGGGCGCCCGGUGCUGGGGGGCAGCAAAUGGAAACUGAGCAACAACUCCGUGGUGGAGAUCGCCAGCCUGCGUUUCGUGUUCCUCAUCAAUCAGGAGCUGAUCGCGCUCAUCCGCAGCGAGGCCGCGCGCCUCGGCCCCCAGUGACACCAGUACGGCACCAGUACGGCACUGGGAGCUGCCCAGUGACACCAGUACGGCACCAGUACGGCACUGGGAGCUGCCCAGUGACACCAGUACGGCACUGGGAGCGCCCCAGUGACACCAGUACGGCACUGGGAGCUGCCCAGUG